AUGCCUAUCUCAAUUCAAGAAAUCUGUAGUUAUGUUGGUGCUAUACCCCAUAGUAAAAAUUUUACUGGUGGUGAAAAUAUCAUCAAUCAAGGACACCUGUAAUUAAACUGCGGUAAGGUUAGCGAGGAAAAAAAUAGUUUAAAAAUUAUUGCAUUUUGUCUCCAAUCGUCAAGUAUCAGAGAUGAUCCUCAUGAAAUUAAUGGUGAGAUUAUGAAAGAUGGAAGAAUCACGGGUAUGAGUUGCUCUUGCAAAGCUGGUUUAGGUGGUGCGUGUAAGCAUGUUGUAGCAACGCUAUUUUAUUUGAACCGAAAUAAGUUGGAGAAUCUAAAAGUUAUCUCCUGCACGGACAAAAAGUGUGCGUGGAAUGCUCCAAAAAAGUCUGCACUUCAACAAUAUGACAUGAACCCUUUGAUGACACAUCACUGUCUUGCGAACAAAAUAGAAUUAUCACAGGAAAGAAAAUUAAAGCGUAAUAAAGUAAAAAGUUGCACCUUAAAUACCCUCGACGUAGCAUUACAAGUAACAGAAGGUGUACAUUUCGUGGACCCUGGUGAAGCUGAUAAUACAAACGAGUAUGAUGAUUCGGAACCUACUUUAGAAAAUACUGCAGAUGCUAUACAACAAACUGACCAUGAUAAUGAAGAAGAAUUCAGACAAAUAAUGAUUAAUAAUAAUCCAUCAUCAGCUUUAGCUCUGCACAUAAUCGGAAGACAUGAUCCUGUGAAAGCUCUUGAUAACAAGAUAACAAUAUCCGCUGAAAAAUUAAUGGCCAUUAUAAAAAAUCAAGAGACGUCUAAAUUACUUUCGAAAUUAAGUGAAUUGAAAAUCAAAUUUUCAAUUAAAGAAUGUUGUCAAAAAGUAUUUACUCGUCUGUCAUCUGAUGUUCGAACAAUCUGUGAAGAAUCGUAUAAAUUUCAUAGUGUAUGGCUAAAAGAAAGACAGUUGAGGAUAACGGCGAGUAAUGCCUAUAAAAUUUAUACUUAUCGCAAUAAUAAACAGCCAGACUGGAAGAAAAAAUCUUUAGAUUACUUUUUUGAAGCUUCAUUUAGUAAUGCUGCUACAAAAUACGGUCUUGAACAUGAACUUUUAGCUCGUGAAAUUUAUGAAGAACAGAUAUCCGAUGAAAUAUUCAGUGUGGUUUGA